AUGGCCGGCUCCGAUCACUUCCUUACGUUGUCCUGCCCGGAUAAGGCAGGUAUCGUGUACGCUGUCACGGGCCUGCUUGCGAAGGAGAACCUCACCAUUCUCGACCUGCAGCAAUUCUCCGACCCGGCUUCGAAGAAUUUCUUCAUGCGCGUGCACUUUGGUCACGCGACUGAGCUCUCCGCUCUGCAAAAGUCAAUGACAGAUCUCGCAAAGGAAAUGAGCAUGACCUACGACAUCCGCUCCGUAGACACCAAGCCCAAGGUCCUGAUCAUGGUAUCGAAGAUCGGGCAUUGUCUGAACGACCUCCUCUUCCGCGUCAAGUCCGGACAGUUAAAGAUUGAAGUCCCAGUCAUCGUCUCAAACCACCCUGAAUUCAAAGACAUGGCUGAGUCCCACGGAAUCGAGUUCCACCACCUCCCCGUAACCAAGGACACCAAGGUGCAGCAGGAGAGCCAGAUUCUGGAGCUCAUCAAGCAGCACAACAUCGACCUGGUCGUUCUGGCGAGAUACAUGCAGGUCCUGUCUCCUCGCCUGUGCACCGAGAUGUCUGGCAAGAUCAUCAACAUUCACCACUCUUUCUUGCCGUCUUUCAAGGGCGCGAAGCCUUACCAUCAGGCGUAUGAGCGUGGUGUGAAGAUCAUUGGUGCGACUGCGCACUUUGUGACUGCAGAUUUGGAUGAGGGCCCGAUCAUUGAGCAGCGUAUUGCGCGUGUCGACCACGCGCUGAGCCCGAACGAGUUGGUUGUUGAGGGCAGCAACGUUGAGAGCCAGGUGCUUGCUGCUGCCGUUAAGUGGUGGAGCGAGAAGCGUGUCUUUUUGAACGGUGCCAAGACUGUUGUGUUUAACUAG